AUGGUACGGAAGCAGGCGCGGGAGGCGAGUGAACCGAGUAGAGUCGGGAAGUUCCGGAAGCGUAGUGUGCUUAUUUCACUUAUCCGAGUCGGACAAGCUCAAGCGCUCCCAAAACUUGUGGUGUCCAUAAAUCCUGAUGAACAGGUGUACAGAGGAGAGACUGUCACUCUCAGAUGUGACAUACAGGAUGAAGAGGACUCUGACUGGAUCUACAGCUGGAAUAAAGAUGGUUCUGGUGUCAGUAUUGAACAGGAGUACAGAAUCAGUAGUGCUGAAACAUCUCAUGCAGGUAAAUACACCUGUAGAGGAAGAGAGAGAGGAGGCUCACACUCCUCACACACCAGUGAUGCUGUUACACUGACUGUAUCAGAAAAACCUAAACCUGAACUCACACCAAGUCUCAAAGGAGCUGUACUGAAAGGAAACUCAGUGAUUCUGUUCUGUACACUGAAGCUGCAGUCUGCUGGAUGGAAGUUUUACUGGAUCAAACCCACACAGAGCACUGAGACUGAAACUGAAGCUGAAACAGACUACUACACUAAAACAUACAGUGCAGUUAGAAUCUUUGAUGGAGGUCAGUACAGGUGCAGAGCUGGAAGAGGAAACCCAGUCUACUACACACACUACAGUGAUGCACUCUGGGUAAAUGUUACUGAGAGUCCUAAAGCUGUGGUGACCAUAAAGCCUGAUAAACAUGUGUUCAGAGGAGAGACUGUGACUCUCAGAUGUGAAAUACAGGGAGGAGGAGACACUGAGUGGACAUACAGCUGGUAUAAGAAAGAUAAAACAUUCUACCCCACAACACAGGAGUUCAGCUUCAGCUCAGUUAUAAAUGAUGACAGUGGUGAAUACACCUGCAGAGGGAGGAGAAGCAGUGACUCUCAGAGCUCAGAGAUCAGUGAUGCUGUUACACUCACUGUAUCAGAUGCAGCAGAGGCAGUAGUGAGUGUGUCUCCACUGCGCUGGCUGACUGAAGGAGACUCAGUGACUCUAAGCUGUGAGGUUAAACACUCCUCUACAGGCUGGACAUUCAGCUGGUACACAGAGGUUCCCUCCAGAGACAGUCAGGGUUCCCUCAGGUACAGUACAGCGCUCCUCUCAGACAGCAGCAGAGGAUCUGGAGGCUCCUACACUCUCAGUCCUGUUACUGUGAAUCACAGAGGAGUUUAUAUGUGCAGAGCAGAGAGAGGAGAACCAGUCUUUCACACACGGUUCAGCAACCUACAGCCACUGUGCAUCACUGGUGAGGAAAUAAAUCAACAAUAGUGUUGAGUUGGAGUGUAGCAAAUGUCCAUUUAUUAAUAUUAAGUGUUGUAUAUGUGCU